AUGAGAAGGAGUCCAGUGGUUAGUGCAAAAUACGUGAAACUCCUCGUUGUCGGUGGAGGUGCCGGUGGUCUUGGAGCCGCGAGUAAAUUCGCUCGAAAGCUGCCACGUGGCAGUGUCGCCAUAGUAGAACCCCAUGAAGAUCACUACUAUCAACCUGGUUUCACUCUUGUCGGUGGUGGUCUAAUGACAUUGGAAGCGAAUCGAAGAAAACAGGAAACAUUGAUUCCGAGUAAUGCGGAAUGGAUUAAGAAUGAGGUGGUGUUGUUCACACCCACUCAGAAUGCAGUGACAUUGAAUGGUGGAGAGGAUAUCAUUUACGAGUAUAUGAUUGUGGCAAUGGGGGCACAUUUGAGAUUUGAUAAGAUAAAAGGAGCACUUGAGGCGCUGGAAACCCCUGGCGUCUGCUCCAACUACUCUCCAUUCCAUGUGGAGAAACACUACAAGGAGGUUAUGAAUUUUAAGGAAGGAAACGCUAUCUAUACCUUUCCGGAUGCCCCUAUAAAAUGUGCAGGAGCACCACAGAAAGCGUGUUAUAUUACUGAUUCAAUCCUCCGGCAACGAGGAGUUCGAGAUAAGGCACAUCUGAUUUAUGCGACUAGUUUGAAGAGGAUAUUCGGAGUGGACAGUUACAUAAAACCUUUGGAAAAGGUUGCUGAGGAGAAAAAUAUUGAUGUGAGAACCAGAAGAAAUCUGAUUGAAGUGGAUACGUCUAGCAAGUCAGCCACUUUUCAAAUAUUGGAUGAAGAUGGAAUAGCAACUGAGGAAACGGAGAAAAUUGAGUACUCUCUCCUUCACAUCGGACCGCCUUGCUCAGCACCGAAAGCUCUUCGGAAAUCACAAUUUGCUGAUAGAACUGGAUUUAUGGAUGUGGACGAUGCGACUUUGCAGUCCAAACGCUUCCCAAACGUAUUCGGUGUCGGUGACUGUAUGAAUACACCAAAUGCCAAAACAGCAGCGUCAGUCUCUUCACAACUCAAAGUUUUGGAUGAGAACUUAUCACUGGUUAUGCAGGGAAAGAAGCCGUACAUGAAGUACGACGGAUACGCGUCCUGUCCACUGGUAGUCAGUCGACACCGUGCGAUUCUAGCUGAAUUCAACCCGGAUGGACCAUUGGAAACGACUCCAUUUAAUCAGAAGAAACCGUCGUUCUGGGCGUACUGGUUGAAGAGACACUUCAUGCCGUAUUUAUAUUGGAACGGGUUGAUUAAAGGAUUCUGGAAUGGACCGGCGCCGAUGAGGAAUUUCAGUCGAUUGGUGAAAUCUGAUAGUAAAUAA